CGGGUGUGUACUCAUGUAAAGGAAGGCACAGGAAUAAUCACUGCGACAAUAAAGUACGUGAUUAUGAUAGUCCUGCUAUUAAUCGGAGAAGCCACGGUCUGCGUGUUGACAGUAUUUUGGCCUCAUUUGCUGGGAAUCGAUGUGCGACCGUCACGAUUGGUACGAGCUCUUCAGCGUAGUUAUGCAGUUCCUGGUCGUGAACAAUUCACAGCUGCUCUUGAUUUGGCGCAAACUAUGUUUUCUUGCUGUGGUAUCAAUGGAAGUAGUAACUACGGGACUUCCUGGUGGCGACUUCAAGAAGUUGGUCGAAGGGAGUUAGUAGUUCCACUAACUUGUUGUACGCUAAAUAACACAAUAGAGAAGGACGCCUUUCUUAACCCGGAGCCAUCCAACCUUACACUUUGUCAGGACUUGAAUCCUGCUCAACAUCAACAUGCAAGACAUGCUACGGGGUGUUUGGAAAUAAUUGAAAAGUGGACUAACGAACAGGCGUUGAUACUACUUGCGAUUGGAUUAGGAGUAUUGUUUCUGGAACUCAGUGUGCUAUUGAGUACUCUGUUUGCCUGCUCCAGGACGAAGAAGUCGAAAGAAAAACACGCGUCUGCCUUUACCCCGACAAAGACAUUGAUUCCGUUUAGUGGAAGUGAGCACGAUUUUGGUUUGGGAAUCGAAAACAGAAUGCAUAUGGCCGGAACCACAUUUAGCGCAAAAUCAUGAAGGCGGCUCGAAGAUAUCGAGUUACCGUUAGCAUCAGUGGCAGGAAUCAGAC